UUCUUGUUCGCUACCUGGUGGUUUUUUGGCUUUGCGAUGCCUGAGCCAGCGAAGUCUGCUUCUGCUCCGAAAAAGGGCUCUAAAAAGGCGAAGCGCAAGCGCAGUCGCAAGGAGAGCUACUCUAUCUACGUGUACAAAGUGUUGAAGCAGGUCCACCCGGACACCGGCAUCUCGUCCAAGGCCAUGGGCAUCAUGAACUCGUUUGUCAACGACAUUUUCGAGCGCAUCGCGGGCGAGGCGUCGCGCCUGGCGCAUUAUAACAAGCGUUCGACCAUCACGUCGAGGGAGAUCCAGACGGCCGUGCGCCUGUUGUUGCCCGGGGAGUUGGCCAAGCAUGCCGUGUCCGAGGGCACCAAGGCUGUUACCAAGUACACCAGCUCCAAAUAAGCUUGCUCCCUCUCCAAUAACUCAAGGCUCU